CUGUAGCAACAUCGACCUGAUCAAAGCAUUGAACGCGUCUGUCAUUCAUUGUAGGCAUACGUUCUUUGAGGCAGACGAAGCUCCCUAUACUUCGUAUAACGAAGACAUGCUCGGUGCGCCAGAUCGACUACGGUUUGGAGGUUUCAGGAUGUCCCAGAAGAUCAAGGCAGGGUCGGUGGUGGAGAUGCAGGGGGAUGAGAUGACCAGAGUCAUCUGGGAGCUCAUUAAGGAGAAGCUCAUCUUCCCCUACCUGGAGAUGGACCUGCACAGCUACGACCUGGGCAUGGAGAACCGCGAUGCCACGGACGACAAGGUGACGGUUGAGGCGGCGGAGGCGACGCGGCGCUACAACGUGGGCAUUAAGUGUGCCACCAUCACGCCGGAUGAAAACCGGGUGGAGGAGUUCAAGCUGAAGCAGAUGUGGCGCUCGCCCAACGGGACCAUCCGUAACAUCCUGGGAGGCACCGUGUUCAGGGAGGCCAUCAUCUGUAAGAACAUCCCCCGCCUGGUGCCCGGCUGGGUCAAACCCAUCAUCAUCGGCAGGCAUGCCCACGGAGACCAGUACAAGGCCACAGACUUUGUGGUACCUGGACCUGGGAGACUGGAGAUGAAAUUCACACCCAAGAUUGGGGAGCCAAUGAACUUUGUCGUCCAUGACUUUGAAGGUUCAGGUGGUGUGGCUCUGGGGAUGUACAACACAGACAGCUCCAUCAGGGACUUUGCCCACAGCUCCUUCCAGAUGGGGCUGCAAAAAGCCUGGCCUCUGUACCUCAGCACCAAGAACACCAUCCUCAAGAAGUACGACGGACGCUUCAAAGAUAUCUUCCAGGAGAUCUAUGAAAAGCAGUACCGCUCUAAGUUUGAGCAGAAGGGGAUCUGGUAUGAGCAUCGUCUGAUUGAUGACAUGGUGGCUCAGGCCAUGAAGUCUGAUGGAGGAUUCAUCUGGGCCUGCAAGAACUACGACGGAGACGUCCAGUCUGACUCUGUAGCCCAAGGUUAUGGGUCCCUUGGCAUGAUGACCAGUGUGCUCAUCUGUCCUGACGGUCGUACGGUCGAGUCGGAGGCAGCCCACGGCACGGUAACGCGCCACUACAGACAGCACCAGCAGGGCAAGGAGACAUCCACCAACCCCAUCGCGUCCAUCUUUGCUUGGUCGCGGGGGCUGCUGCACCGGGCGAAGCUGGAUGACAACGCAGAGCUGCGUGUGUUUGCUGAGGCCCUGGAGGUCGUCUGCGUGGAGACCAUCGAGGCUGGCUUCAUGACCAAGGAUCUGGCUAUCUGUAUCAAAGGCAUGGCGGGUACCAAACGCUCAGACUACCUGAACACCUUUGAGUUCCUGGAUAAACUGUCAGAGAACCUGAAGACCAAGAUGUCCAACCAACCCAAACUGUGAUCACCUCAUCUCCCAAAUUUAAACACGAUUGACAGCAGGGACUAUGGGCCCCGGCCAACACUGAACCAAUGACGGGGGACUGUCUGCCCAGAACGCAACCAGAGCUUCUAGAAGACCUAGGACCCUUGAGACUUAAUCAUUCCCUCCACAAGCAGUCUGUCUGCUUCAAGGAGGUGUCUUGUCCAGGGGGGGGGGGGGGGGAUGUCCUCCCAAAACUAAUGAAUCAUUCCUAUCUAAACUACUUGCCAUUGCUGUCCCACUCUCCCCAUGCUUGCUGUUGCUUGGCAAUAUGAAUAUUCAUGUGGACUCAUUAAACUCAACUUGCCUCUUAUUCUGGACUGUUUCAAUGUUACCCAACAAUACAGACCAACUCCUUCUGCAUCAUAAAAGCUGUUGACCCCCUACAACUCUAAUGCCAUCUGCUCUGCCUCUUGACCACGCCCCCAUCUCACCUGAUGAACUAGCUGCCCAAGUCAACACUGCUCUGUCUCCCUCAAUCUCCCCCCCCCCCCCCCCCCCCCCAAACUAAACCCGUGUCCCAAACUCCCCCCCCCUCCCCCUGGUUGACCCCUGAGGUCCAUGCCCUGAAGCAAGCUGUCCUCUUGCUUCAAUAAGAACUCCUGGACUCUGUUCUCCACUGUCAGCAAACUACUUCAGCCUCGUGACGAUGCCUUCUCUACUCCCUCCACUGAACUCUGCAACUCCUUCCGCCAGCUAUUUUCAAGGAAAAGCUCACAAAUACACUUCACUGACUGAUCAAUCUCUCUCAUCCGCCCCUCCCCCGUCAACCUCAACUGUCACCCCUGAAAUUCGUCUCUACAAAUUUGCACUCAUUGACUCUCCCUAUAUCUCAAAAUUCAUGUCAUCAACACCACAACUUACUCAUCACAGCUCUGUUCUCAUUAAAGCCUGCCUGCUCUCUGUCCAUCUUUGGAUCCUCUCCCUACUGUUCUCAUUAAAGCCUGCCUGCCUGCCCUCUGUCCAUAUAUCACACACCAUCAACCUCUCCCUUGCCCACGGAUCUCACCCCUCCAACUACAGAACAGCUGCAGGCACCCCCCCCCAUCUUAAAAAUGCCAGGAACGGACACCACCAUCUUUCUGCACAAUUUCCAACCUUCCUUUCCAAGACUCUGUUCCAGACUGUUGCCUCCCAAUUCAAACCCACCUGCUAGUCAACAACUAAUUCAAGCCCCUCCAGUCUGGUUUCCACCACAGUGCUGAAACUGCACUCAAAGUUGUGAAUGAUCUCAUCUCUGCUGAUGCUGGUGCCCUUAACAUCCUGAUUCUCCUUGACCGGAGUGCCGCUUUUAGCACUGAGUCAUCAGAUUGAGGGUACAGCACUUUCCUGGCUACAAUCGUACCUCAUAAACCGGACCCACUACAUCUCCCUCAAUGGCCAUACCUCAGACGCCACUGCAGUCACACAUGGUGUCCCCCAAGGUACUGUGCUGGGUCCCUUACUCUUCAUCUUCCUUGGUCAGGUGACACCCAGAUCACCUCGGCACCAAAUCCCUAUUCGACCCACCUUGAAUUUCCUUUCUCGGCAAUAAAAACAUGGCUACAACAACACUUCCUCAAGUUAAACAUUUAUAAAACGGAACUUCUACUCAUAGGCACCAAAUCCAUCUUCACCAAAGCUGGUAAUCUUGCGAUUGACACCACUGUCUCCCCCCACACACACACAACCUUGGCUUCACCCUCUCCUUUGACCAUCACAUAAGACGGACGGACUGGCAAAUUGUCAUUCUUCCACCUCCGCAACAUUGCCAAAGCCAGGUCCACCUGUCCUGCCGUUGAAACACUCAUUCAUCUCCUGUCUUGACUACUGCAACUCACUACUCUCUAGCGUCAACUCAAGCUCCCUCCAUAAGCUCCAAAUGGUUCAUAACUCUGCAGCCCGACCCCCUCACCCACACUAAGUACUGGUAGCACAUCUCCUCUGAACUUCACUAGCUCCCUGCCUCUCAAUGCAUUGAUUACAAGCUCUUCUUUCUGACCUACAAAGCCCUUCAACACCUUGCCCCCCCCCCCCCCCCACCUGACAUUCUUGUCCCCUACCAACCCACAUGCCCCUUACAUUAAACCAGGUUCGUAUCCUAAACCCUCCCCUCCCCAUACACUGAUACAUCUCUCUUAUUUCAGCCCACCCUGCUCUUUAUUCAUGUUUUUGUAAACUUUUUUUAUUUGUACAAUUGUUUAGAGACUUUGGUCCUUGAAAAGCGCUUAUUAAUCCCAUGUUGAUUUACUAUAUGUAGGGUUCAGAUGUAGGGUGAGUUUAUUUGUAUUUUUACAGGGACAGUGCACAUUAAUCAACGUUUCAGUAAAAGUGCUGGUUUUAGCCAGCCGACUAAUUUUCAACCGCAGUCCCUGGGCAGGUUGUUGAUGUGAGGCCCUCUUCUCCAUUGAUGACCACUAUGGUCUAGCCAUAUCUUUUGGUAACACUCAGCCAAUCUAAGUGGCCUGAAUCCUAAUUUGAGAUCCACAAGCAUAACUUUUUAAGCAAUCGCCUAGUGAAAUAUGUGUUUAUAAUUCUGCCAAGUAUGCCUGUUUUUAAUGAAUGAUGGACACAGAAAUAACCAGUCAAGUCUGGUGGUUGUAUUUUUAUUUUGUGUGUGUGUUGUCGGUCAGUGAGCAGUGAUCGCCAGUCCUGCCUGAGGGUGAUCUUACCCUUCUGUUGCCUUGUCUUAUGUAAAGUGAGUUCAGUCUGUCACACCAUUUAAUAUAUAUAUAUAUAUUAUGCCGUGACAACUACUGUAGCCUGUUUAGAUUUUGACUGUCUUGACUUGGUGUCAUUGAUUCACAAAGCUAUACUAACGUCACUCACUCCUUGUUUGUGGUUAUGGAAGAGGUCGUAAGCUAUUAAAAACACACUUAACACCUUACCCACUCAUACAGAAACGAGUGUCCAAGUCCUCUGCCAGUAAGCACACACAACCAGGGGAUGCAGGUUUGUACUCCACAGUGUGGUCAAAAUAUCAACUCAAUAAAUGGGCUUUGGAGAAAAUUG